AUCAAAUAAAUUGAAUUGAAAAUAAAGUCGGUCAAACCUCGUAAAAUGAACCGGGAAGAACAUUAUAGGACGGAGGGAGUAAUAUUUUUUUAAUGAAUGUAAUUUUUUGUAAUGCACUAGUCUCCUUUUGAUUAUUUUAAAUAAUAAAUUAAUUAAAAUUUAUUAUUUUAAAUUUAGAAAAUAUAUAUUUAAAAAUGUAAAAAAUGAAUGUUUGGAGUCGCUGUUUGAAGCCCCGGGGCUUCAAACCCCUUUUCACUGAAUAUGUGAGAAAAUGCCUCUGAUCUCUUCUGUCUCUCUGCUGCAGCAAAAGGAGUUCAGAAUUUGCUGAAACACGAGGAGGAAUUCAAAGAGUAUUUUUGAAUUUUGAGGAGAUAUUAUUAGGAAGAGGAAAUGAAGGAGUCGAGUGAGAAGAACUGUGUGGACUCGCAGCUAUGGCAUGCUUGUGCCGGUGGGAUGGUGCAAAUGCCUCCAGUGAACUCAAAUGUCUUCUACUUCCCUCAAGGCCACGCGGAGCACGCACUUGCCAGUGUUGAUUUCUCAACGUUGCCUAAAGUUCCAGCCCUGAUUCUCUGCAGAGUUGAUGCUGUGAAAUAUUUGUCUGACCUUGAGACCGAUGAAGUUUUUGCUAAGAUCAGGCUGGUUCCGAUUGGGAACAACAAUGACCGGGACCUCGAUGAUGCAGUGAAAGAAAGCAGUUUGUCUGAAGCAUCUAAUAAACCAACAUCCUUCGCUAAGACAUUGACUCAAUCUGAUGCCAACAAUGGAGGUGGAUUUUCAGUACCAAGGUACUGCGCUGAGACUAUCUUUCCAAGGUUGGAUUAUGCCGCUGAUCCUCCUGUCCAGACAGUGAUAGCCAAGGAUGUUCAUGGGGAAACGUGGAAGUUCAGGCAUAUCUAUCGCGGGACACCAAGAAGGCAUUUGUUAACAACAGGGUGGAGUACUUUUGUGAACCAGAAGAAGCUAGUUGCUGGCGAUUCAAUUGUGUUCCUCAGAGCACACAAUGGAGAUCUUUGUGUUGGAAUCCGCAGGGCAAAAAGGGGAAGCAGCAUUGCCGCUCCUGACUCUUCGUCCAGGUGGAGUAUGGGUUCUCGAAGCUAUAGUGGAUUUUCGAGGGCAGAUGAGAACAAAAGCCAGAUUAAUGGUAGUAAUGGAAACUCGAAUUCUACAACUAGGGGCUUUAGUGAAAGGGGAAGAGUGAGUCCCCAAUCAGUUCUUGAGGCUGCAUAUCUUGCUGCUACUGGGCAGCCUUUUGAAGUUGUCUAUUAUCCACGCGCAAACACACCAGAAUUUUGUGUUAGGGCAUCAUCUGUGAAUUCCUCAAUGGCUGUCAGGUGGUGCUUGGGGUUGAGGUUCAAGAUGGCAUUUGAGACUGAAGAUUCUUCUAGGAUAAGUUGGUUCAUGGGAACAAUAUCUUCUGUUCAAGUUGCUGACCCCAUCCUCUGGCCUUAUUCACCAUGGAGGAUUCUUCAGGUGACAUGGGAUGAACCUGAUUUGCUGCAAAAUGUGAAGCAUGUAAGCCCAUGGCUAGUUGAACUGGUCUCAAACAUGCCCAUGAUUCAUCUUUCACCAUUCUCGCCACCAAGAAAAAAACUGUGUCUAUCACAUGAUUUCUUAAUGGACGGCCAAUUCCCAAUACCGUCAUUUUCAAGCAACCCCCUCGGGUCCUGCAGUGAUUUCUGUUGUCUAUCAGACAACAUUUCUGCAGGCAUGCAGGGAGCCAGGCAUGCUCAAUAUGGAGGACUAUUAACACCAAGUCUCCUUAGAGUUGACACUAAUGGAAAUGUCAAGGCACAACUGGAUGGGGAUAAAAAAAGUAUCUCUUGCUUGCUAAAGGUGGGGAAUGAUUCUACCAAGGAUGAGCUCACGCCUCGAUUCUUGCUCUUUGGUCAGCCAAUACUCACUGAGCAGCAAAUGUCAACACAGAAGAAGAAUUCCAGAAGUGAGAUUCAAUAUGACAGGAAACAUCAUUCAGAAAAUCAAUCAAACCCAGAUACAACUGGUCACUGCAAAGUCUUCAUACAGUGUGAAGAUGCUGGGCUUACACUUGAUCUCUCAAUUCUGAGGUCAUAUGAAGAACUAUACAAAAAACUAGCUGGCAUGUGUGGGAUAGAAAGAUCCAAGGUGCUAAGCUGUGUGGCCUACCGAGAUGCAAUUGGCGUUCUCAAACAACCGGGAAACGAACCAUUUAGUGAGUUCACGAAGAAUGCAAAAAGGUUGGAAAUUGUGAUGAAUCCCAGUAGCAUUGCGGGGAGGAGGUGGGUCACGGGUCUUGCAACUGCCGAACGCGGACUAAAACCAUCGAACCAAGCGGGUGCUCUUGGGAUAUUUGCGUAGCAGCUCAAUAAUAUGUACUGAAGUCCAUACUUUGUGUGGUGCAAAGAUGAAAGGGUAAUUUAUUUGUCCAGUCCUAAGAUGGAUAGAGUUUUUUAUGUGCAUUUUAUCUGAUAAACUUAAAGAUUACCU